AUGAGGACGCCUGUUCUAUCCGCCUUGCAGCAAGAAGGCGUGCGGGUGGUGCCGCGGGCGAAGGUGCGAGGCACCACCUCCAAGGCGGGCGAGCACUCGGAGAUCCGCCUGAGCACGGGCGACCGCCUGCCCGCGUGCCGCAUUGUGGUGAUGGCCGCCGCGGUGCCCAACACGGACCUCGCGCGCCGCUCCGGCCUCAACGUCGACUGCAAGUGCAAAACCGACGAAGCAGGGAGGCACCAAAAGCGCAAUUUCGUGUCCACGCUGCCACCACCGAGUGCAUUGUUGCUUGAAAACCACGUAUGCGAUUGUCUCACGCAAACCGUCCUGGCGCAGCGCCUGGGCUUCAAGGCCAACUCGCAGCUGUACGUGAAGGACGACAUCUGGGCGGCGGGCGACUGCGUGUCCUUCUGCAACCCCGACUGCGGCCGCAUGCGCCUGGACGGGCUGGACCACGCGCUGGCCUCGGGCCGGUUGGCGGGCCAGAACAUGGUGGCAGCCAACAAGGGCAAGGGCGAAGAGGCGCAGAACUACAACUACGUGCCGGUGCGCUGGGCGUCACUGGCGCCGGGCGCCACCUACGAGGCGGUGGGCGAGGUGGACACGCGCCUGGCCACCGUGGGCGUGUUCGCGCCCAUCUCGGAGAACUCCCGGCGCCUGUUGCCGCCGCGCGCGCACUCCUGCGACCCCAGCGGCUACGACGACGUCGACUACUCGCACGGCGUGGUGUUCUACCUUCGGGACAACGUGGUGGUGGGAGUACUCCUGUGGAACUUAUCGCGACGAGUAGCAACAGCUCGUAAAAUCAUAGACAAUAUGAUCCCGUAUGAUGAACUCGACGAUGCUCGUUACACUGGACAUUUUACAAUCACUGUCUCCGCCAUCGUUCCACAAAAUGCCGACCGUCGUCCUCAAGUCCACGGCCUUCGGCCGUCAUUUCGUCACGCCUGCUACCAGCUGCCUGCUAACAUGGCCCUGCUACCAGCAUUUUUGUUGCUAUGUAUACUACCAGCAUCUUCUGUUGCAUUGAAUAAA